AUUCUACUGCAGCCAAUCAAUACGGAAGUUCCAAAACUUUCGGAAACUGGAAACUUUUCAACUUUUGAGUUUAUUGUAGCAGAGAAACCCUUCAAAACAAUAUUUUCUGUUCCCUAUGUGACAACGUAAUGUGGACACUGGAGAUAUAAGGAUGGGAUUUGGCACAGACCUACAGAGUCACAGUUCCCAUCAGGCCUUGCUACAAUUGCAAGAUGCGGAGAUUCGCCUGCUUGAGAACAUGCGUAAAUGCAUGCAACAACGCAUCAAGAGCGACCGGGAGUACACCUCAAUGUUGCAGCUGGUCAUAACACAGUCUCAGAAGCUGGAAAAUUCUGAAUUUAACAGCCCAGUAUUUCAGGUCUGGCAUACUGUUAUACGAGAGACUGAACAAUUUGUGAAGAUCCUUAAACAGAACACAGACUCAUUGAUGAGCAAGACAAUUGAGAAAAUUGCAAAGUUAAUUAGUGAGAAACGGGCAGCUAGACGUGCCUAUAAUGAAGAGAGGAACAGACUUGAUACUGAGUUCAAUAAGGUGCAAGAGGAAGUUGCCAAGCACCAUGGAGAAUACAAGAGAAAUAUGGAGAAACUUACGGUUGAAAAAGCCAGAUACGAGGACUUACUUAUGAAAGGUAAAGCUGGGAGGACUUUCGAAGAAGCCAAAACAAAGUAUUUGAAAACAACAGUGAAAUUGCAUAAGGUCCAUAAUGACUAUGUAAUCAGCUUACAUGAGGCCAGUUUGCACCAGAAGGAUUACUUGGAGAAAAAGAUUCCUGGUCUCUUGGCUUACCAUCAAGAGGUCCAGGAGUCAAUGGUUGGACAAUGUAAAGAAAUACUACAGGAAUACUCAAAUUAUACAAACUUUUCACGAGAUGAUUUUACAUCAUCACAAGCAGAGCUAGACAAGGCCAUCCUCUCAAUAUCACCAUCCUUGGAAUAUAAGGAGUUCAUCGAUAAAAACAAAGAUGAUCCAAUAUGUGCCCAGACAUUUGAAUUUGACAAAGAUCUGCUAGAAGAAUAUAAGGGAACAUUGAAGGAUAAUCAGAUUGCCUUAGAUGAUUUAACUGUGGAAACAUUACAACAUAACCUGAGUGGGUUCCAGGACCAACUAGCACUCUUUCAGAACCAUAUUGAGCAGAAAACGCAAGAGAUGGCCACUUUAGAGGAAGAGAUACAGCAACUACCAGCUGCAAAUGAACUAGAUGAAAUACAGAAAAAUGAUUGCAUAGUAAAAAAGCGUGCAGUUCAGAUAUUAAAACGAGACAUAGCAGAGCUUGAAUGUAAUGAGAGAAAAUAUACAAAGAUGAUUGAACUUGUAUCUAAACCUGUGACAGAACUGGGCGAUAAUGCUCCGCCUUCUGGUAUUGAUAUACAUGACCUGACCACUGAACAAAUUGAAAAUGCAUCAUCUGACUCGAAUAUUAGUACCAUCACCGCAAGUGGAAGUGGACUGAAGGACUUUAAAAAGAAAUUUGCUGCAGGUUUUACAACAUUAAAAACCAAGAAUCCCUUCAAGAAACAAUUAGGAUCUACUCCACCGAAACCUCCCAGUCGGGACUUUUUGGACCAUCAUGAUUCUGGCAAUGUGUCAGACAAAAAUAAUGAGAAAAAUAAUUCCACAAACCAGAACCAAGAGAAGACGAGUGGCACCACCUAUCAACAGUCAUACCAGAGAAUGUCUAAAGCCAGUCACACAUCUAUUUUCUCAAAUAAGAGUGACACAACCUCCCCAGUGCACAGCCCUACUGAAAAUCCACUUAUUGAGGAAAAAACAUCAUCUGACAGACCUGUUGAUGAUGAAGAAUGGUUCCAUGGUGUUCUCCCACGUGAAGAGGUCCAACGGCUACUGUCAGUGGAUGGAGAUUAUUUGGUCCGUGAAAGUAAGAAUAAAAAAACGGAGGAAGUGCAGUAUGUAUUGUCUGUGAUGUGGAAAGGACAUAAACAUUUCAUAAUACAGGGUGAAAAUGGUGCCUGGAGGCUAGAAGGUUCCUGCUUCCCCACAAUCCAGGAACUAAUCCUCAAUCAACAGAACAGUAACACUCCAGUGACAAACAGGUCCCAGGCUCUACUGAAGAAAGCAAUACUAAGAGCAGACUGGGAGCUAAAGAAUGAUGAUAUUGAACUAGGUCCAAAAAUAGGAAAUGGUAAUUUUGGUGAUGUAUUUAAAGGAAGGUUUAAACCAACAAAUCAAGAGGUAGCUGUGAAAACAUGUAAAGAGACAUUAUCUGAAGAAAUGAGAAAGAAAUUUCUCCAAGAGGGAAGGAUAUUAAAACAAUAUGACCAUAUAAACAUUGUCAAGUUUGUAGGAAUAGCGGCACAUAGGAAACCUGUGAUGAUUGUUAUGGAAUUUGUUGGAGGUGGAGCAUUGCUGUCUUAUUUAAGAAAGCAGGGCAACCGUGUUCCUUGCAAAGACCUCAUUAAGAUGUGUGAAGAUGCAUCUGCUGGCAUGGCAUACCUGGAGAGCAAGAACUGUAUACACAGAGAUCUGGCUGCUAGGAACUGCCUACUGGAUAAGGAGAAUAACAUAGUUAAGAUAUCUGACUUUGGUAUGUCACGUGAGGAGGAAGAGUACACAGUAUCAGAUGGCCUCAAACAGAUCCCUAUUAAGUGGACUGCACCAGAAGCUCUCAAUUUCGGUCGGUACACGUCUCUCUGUGAUGUAUGGAGUUUUGGUAUACUGAUGUGGGAGGUCUUUUCUGGAGGCUCGACCCCCUAUUCUGGGAUGACCAAUCAGCAGGCUCGAGACAAAAUAGACAUGGGAUACAGGAUGCCUGCUCCAGAAGGGACCCCUGAUGCAGCAUACAAACUAAUGAUGAAGUGUUGGGAGUAUGAACCUGACCAGCGACCACAUUUUGAUGCCAUAUUUCGUGAACUUCAGAGCUGUAGAAAUAACCUAUAGUAGAAUAUAUUCCAUAGUUUCUAUAUUGGAUUCCUUUAGUAUAGUGAAUACAUUACCAGACCAAAUAGACUUAUGCGUCCCUGCCUGUGAAUAUAAUGCAUUUUAGUAGAAUUAUACAUUAAAACCUAAACACAUAUUAAUAAUGAUAGACAUAACGCUUCACUUGAGAACCCUUCAUGCAUCUUUGACAGAGGAACUUCUAACAAAGACAGCAUGGUAAAGUGAUUGAAACGGGACCAUUUAAACAUAUCUGUUUCAUUUCUGUACUGCCUAGAAGAACAAUACUAAAUGACCAACUGGAUGGCACAGAUAGUAUCAAUGCAAUUAAUGUAAAUUGUAUUUUUUUGUUUUUUAUUUAAUUGGCAAUAUGCUUAUUCUGUACAAGAUUACAAAUCUAAGUAUCUUUUUUAACCAGUUUACAAUGUAACUUUAUGGAAUUGUAAGAGAAUUUCACAAAAUAUGCCAAAUGAAUAUUAUAUGAAUUAAUAUAAAAUGUCACCAGUAUCCAGAAAUAGUGAA